AUGGAGCUCAGCCCUCCCCGUAAGAUUGACUAUCUCCCAAGCUUGAAACGAAAUACAGACGCUCUGCAAUCAGCCUUGCAGCUGGCAUCAGAGUUGCUGAUCAGAGGCUGCGCUAUCGACCUAUCUGCUGUCAACCAGGCCAAUGGAAAGAAACCCGCAGUGUUAGUCGAUCUUCCUACAUACCCAUGGAAUCACGAGCAUUCGUACUGGCACGAGACUCGUCUGUCUCGAAACCACCGCCUUCGUAAGUUUGGUCGGAGCGAUAUUCUCGGCGUCCAGGCUGUCGAUUCUAAUGACAUCGAACCAAGGUGGAGGAACAUUAUUGAGCUUGACAACUUGCCCUGGCUACGAGAUCACAAGGUACAAUCCGAUGUCGUAUGUCCAAUGACCUUCUUCCUUACCAUGGCCAUGGAAGCAGCGCAUCAGCAUGCCCUCACAGGAGGUGUUCCCUUCACCAAGUAUGUGCUGAGAGAGGUCUCCGUGGGGCAAGCCCUAGUCCUUCCCGAGUCCUCUCAGAUCGAAACAGUGCUUAACCUCAGGCCACUAGGUGAGAGCACUCGCGCAUCAUCUGAUCUUUGGUACGAGUUCAUCAUCUUCUCCUGGAACCAGGAACGAGGGUGGAUGGAACACUGCCGAGGUCAGAUCGCCGUUCAACUGGACAAUCAUUCCAACCCAGUAGAGGGUCAGCGCUCUCUUGAGACAGGACGGUCACUCGUCGUGGAGAGUAACUCUCGAACAGCAGAAGCUUCGGUGAACGGAGUGGAGUGCGAGAAGAUCUACGAAACAUUCACAUCAAUGGGACUUGAGUUUGGACCAUCCUUCCGCAAUCUUGUAGAAUGUCGAACAGGCGCAAGCAGUGUUUAUGGGCGCCUUCGGAUUCCACAUACCAAAGAUAGGAUGCCGCACGAGGCGGAGAGCGACUAUAUCGUCCACCCAGGGUUUCUCGAUUCAUGCUUCCAGGUCUCGUUCCCGAUGCUCACCGAAGGUUUGAAGUUGCUCAGCGGAACACCUAUAGCUUCACGGGUUGAAGAGAUCUCGGUGUCUCGUGACAUACACCGCAUCAAAGACGAGCAUAUCGAGAUUUACGGCAGCGGUGCCUCUAAAUCAUUGGUCGAACAAACCAUCGGAUCAAUUUCUGUAAUGGGUACGGAUCACGACAGAGGUGUUCCCCUCAUCUCUGUUAACGGUUUCACGUCCACAACGCUUUCGAACAAGGCUGUCGGACUAGACGCAACGGGAACAACAUACCCCUGUUGGAAAAUGGAAUGGCAACCGCAUCCUGAUUUCCCGGGAUCGAGCGAAAAAGGAGUCAACGGCCACACAAACGGCGAGCUAGCCCCGACAGAGGACCACGAACUUUCUGGGGACGUCCUCAUAGUCUGCAGCAAGAUACCUACCCGCGUGUCCCUCGCAAGACUCCAAGAUACCCUCGGGCCAACAGGCACGAAACAUCCUACGGUGGUGUCUCUGGCAGCGCUAGAAAGACAUUGA